AUGGGUGACAAAGAAGUAGGCAACUACUCAGAUGUACCUGACUUCAUUCUUGUGGGCUUCAGGGUCCGUCCCGAGUGCCACAGUCUCCUUUUCCUCCUCUUCCUGCUGGUUUAUGGCGUGCUCCUUGUGGGAAACAUGAGUAUGAUUUCAAUCAUUGUGACUGACUCCCAGUUGAAUACACCAAUGUAUUUCUUUCUAGGCAAUCUCUCCUUCAUUGACCUUGUCUACUCCACUGUGAUUGCACCUAAAGCCAUGGUCACCUUCCUGUCUGAGAAAAAGACUAUCUCCUUUGUAGGUUGUGUGGCCCAGUUCUUCCUCUUUGUCCUCUUCAUUGUAACAGAGGGCUUCGUCCUGGCAGCCAUGGCCUAUGACCGCUUCAUUGCCAUAUGCAAUCCUCUUCUUUACAGUAUCCACAUGUCCAGACGCCUCUGCACACUGCUGGUGGCAGGUUCCUAUUUCUGUGGCUGGGUCACUUCUCUACUUCAGGUCAAUGUCACAUUCUCAGUGUCCUUCUGUGCUUCUCGAGCCAUUGAUCACUUCUACUGUGAUUCUUACCAAAUUGAGAAGAUUUCCUGCUCUGAUCUCACAGUCAAUAAGAUGGUGUCUCUCUGUUUGGCUGUCUUCAUAAUUCUGCCCACCAUAGCUGUUAUUCUCUUAUCUUACAUGUAUAUUGUAUCUGCAGUCUUAAAGAUGUCAUCCAAUGAAGGGAGAAAGAAAGCCUUCUCCACUUGCAGCUCCCACUUGGGUGUUGUAAGUGUGUUCUAUGGAACUGCCUCUUUUGUGUAUUUCACACCUCCAAAUAAUCCUGAACUUCAAAAAGUAGCCUCAGUAUUUUAUAUAUUGAUCACACCCAUGUUAAACCCUCUGGUCUACUCUCUAAGAAACAAGGAUGUGAAACAAGCUUUGAGGAAAAUGCUAGGGUAG